AUGUAUAAAAAUGACAAGCCACUACCUAAGCUACCAGCGCCGAGGCGCCCUUCGUCUGUUGCACCGUAUGAACCGGAUGAGGCUCCCCCUCAAUAUACCGAAGAAGCUAAAGCUACUGAACAAAUCUUGAACGACGUAGUAGGAGCGACGGCCGAUGGGCGUAUCGACCUAAAUCUCGACUCUAAACUUUGCAGAACUCUUUCUCUACUCAUUGACCGCAAUGCGCCUGAGCUAAAUUUCGACCGGCCUGUUAGCAUUGCACCUCCCGCCUAUACCGAACCGACCGAAUGCCAUAUCCGCUUGAAUAUCGUCAUCCAGGUCGUCGGGAGUCGUGGAGAUGUUCAGCCUUUCGUCGCGCUCGGCAACGACCUACAACGCCACGGUCAUAGAGUUCGCCUCGCUACUCACGAUUCCUUUGCCGACUUUGUACUCAAAUCUGGCCUUGAGUUUUAUCCGAUUGGUGGCGAUCCGACCGAGUUAAUGGCGUAUAUGGUUAAGAACCCCGGCCUGAUACCUUCCGUAAAGAGCCUCCGCGCUGGUGACAUCCAGACCAAACGUCUUAUGAUUGCUGAGAUGCUGGAAGGCUGUUGGCGGUCAUGUACGGAGCCUGAUCCUCUCAGUAAACAGCCAUUUGUUGCCGAUGCUAUCAUCGCAAACCCGCCCAGUUUCGCGCAUGUCCAUUGCGCUCAAGCGCUUGGUAUCCCACUACAUCUUGUGUUCACUAUGCCCUGGAGCAGUACGAAGCACUUUUGUCACCCUUUAGCCAAUAUUAAUGCUAAAGAUAGCGGUAUCUCGCCUGCUGUAGCUAACCAGAUCUCAUAUAUGGCUGUUGAAUGGAUGACCUGGCAAGGACUCGGCGACAUCAUCAAUACGUGGAGACAAAGCCUGGAUUUAGAAGACAUCCCUUUUUCUGAAGGCGCUGGCCUGCUUGAGACGCUGCAGAUCCCUUUUACUUAUUGCUGGUCCCCAGCACUCAUUCCCAAACCUCUCGAUUGGCCGGACCACAUUGAUGUGUGUGGCUUCUUCUUCCGCGACACACCACAGUAUACCCCCGAACCGAGCCUUGCCACCUUUUUACGCGACGGACCUCCACCGAUAUAUAUUGGCUUUGGAAGCAUCGUUAUUGACGAUGCUGACAAGCUAACGGCCACAUUGGUAGACGCUGUGAAGGGGACAGGCGUUCGCGCAAUCAUCUCCAAAGGGUGGACCGACAAGGACAUCUUCUAUCUCGGGGACUGCCCGCAUGAAUGGCUAUUCCAGCAAGUCACAGCUGUUAUCCAUCACGGCGGAGCUGGGACGACCGCAUGUGGGCUGCUUAAUGGAAAGCCAACGGCCAUUGUACCCUUCUUUGGCGACCAACCCUUCUGGGGUACCAUGGUCCAUGCUGCAGGUGCAGGUCCCAUGCCAAUCUCUCAAAAGAUGCUUGAUAGUCAAAACCUCAGUCACGCCAUCAGGUAUUGUUUGACUCCAGGUGCGCUCGCGGCUGCAAGAGGCAUGGCAGAGAAGAUGCGGCAAGAAAACGAAGUCAGACAGGCUGUUAACUCAUUUCACGCCAACCUUCCCCUGGAUAAAAUGCGUUGUGAUAUUAUACCUGGGUUGCCGGCUGCUUGGUCUUACAAAACGGGGUCACAGCAUCUCAAACUAUCGAAAGCGGCGGCAGAGGUUUUAACGUCUAGCAGCAGGGUCAAAUGGGUCGACCUUAAACGUUACGAGUCUCGGCCUAUCGACAUACAGCGCCGCAGGUAUGAUCCCCUCACAGCUGUCAUCUCAUCGGGGUUCAAGAUGUAUACUGGCAUAGUGGCCUCAGCAGCAGACAUUGUCAUCAAGCCAGCACAGGUAUUGAUGGCAGAAAGACCCAACACUGGAGACCCAAAAUCGGUUGGGAAGUCGAAUACGCAAGCAUUAGAAGACCCCGUGUACGGUAGAUCUGCUGCACUUGACCUACCUUCUGGCGAUCAGAUCAAAAAGAACCACAAAAGCCGCGCUGGUGCCGCCGUUUCUGGAUCUGCCGGUGCGUUUGGCGAUGUCUUCAAGGCCGUCGGAAAGGGCAUCUACCUUGAUAUACCGCACGCGCUUGAGGAGGGUAUGCGUGUUGCUCCACGACUGUACGGUGGCGAGGUGUAUGACCCUGGUCCUGUGACAGGUUGGAAAUCAGGGGGCAUCGCUGCGGUAAAGAACUUCAGUCACGGAAUUGUAGAGGGAGUCGGCGGACUGGUUAUGUCACCUGUGCGAGGUGCGAAAAAGGAGGGAACAGUAGGCGCAGCCAAGGGUGUGGGCAUAGGAGUGCUCAAUUUGACCACGAAGGUGACAUCAGGGACAUUAGGGUUACUCACGUUUACCAGCCAAGGCGCCUACAAGAGUGUUCGUGCUUCCAUGCGCAGGGAUACGCGAAAGACCAUCAAGCAGUCACGGCAGGCCGAAGGUAUUGCUAUCAUGCGGGAGGGUAAACAUCGUGUCGAUACAGGAGCGGUGCUCAUGGCUUUCGAUCACCGGGUGGCGCGAAUGCCGGAGAGCAAGCAGUGGAUAGAUUUAUCAGGUUCUAAGAGAUAG